UUCAAAAAGUAGUUUCUAGAAAGGACGGAGCAAAGGACUGAGAAUUUUUAAAGAGUGCCCUUUCUGCUUCUUCUUCAUCCGAACCUCAGGGCUCAGAUUAUUGUAAUUGACUUGCUUGACUCGCUUCAGUAAUGGGGGAGUUUACUCCCAAUCCCAAUCUCCAUCUUCUCCCAUCAAUGAAGCUUUUCGUUCUACUUCUACUCAUCAAUUCCAUCCUCACCUUCCACUCUGCUCUCUCUGAAAUUUUCUUCGAAGAGCGAUUCGAAGAUGGAUGGAAGAGUCGUUGGGUCUUAUCUGAUUGGAAAAGAAGUGAAGGGAAAGCUGGGACUUUUAAGCACACCGCCGGAAAAUGGUCUGGAGAUCCAGACGAUAAAGGUAUUCAGACUUACAAUGAUGCUAAGCAUUUCGCAAUAUCUGCAAAGAUACCAGAGUUCUCCAAUGAGAACAGAACUCUAGUGGUUCAGUAUUCUAUCAAAUUUGAACAGGAAAUUGAAUGUGGUGGCGGGUACAUCAAGCUUCAUUCUGGUUAUGUCAAUCAGAAGAAAUAUGGCGGUGAUACCCCUUACAGUAUGAUGUUUGGACCGGAUUUAUGUGGUACACAGACGAAAAAACUUCAUGCAAUACUUUCUUACCAGGGGCAGAAUUAUCCUAUAAAGAAGGAUUUGCAAUGCGAAACAGACAAGUUAACUCAUUUCUACACGUUCAUUCUUAGGCCCGAUGCUAGUUACAGUAUCCUUGUCGAUAAUCGAGAACGAGAUUCUGGAAGCAUGUACAGUGAUUGGGACAUCCUGCCACCUAGGAAAAUCAAAGAUGUUAAGGCAAAAAAGCCUGCCGACUGGGAUGACAGAGAAUACAUUGAAGAUCCUAAUGAUGUUAAACCGGAGGGAUACGAUUCAAUUCCAGCUGAGAUUCCUGAUCCGAAGGCAAAAGAGCCUGAUACAUGGGACGAGGAUGAGGAUGGCAUAUGGAAGGCUCCUAAGGUUCCAAAUCCAGCAUACAAGGGACCGUGGAAGCGUAAGAAAAUCAAAAACCCCAAUUACAAGGGAAAGUGGAAGACUCCAUGGAUUGAUAAUCCAGAGUUUGAGGACGAUCCUAAUCUUUACGUGCUAAAACCAAUAAAGUAUGUGGGCAUUGAAGUUUGGCAGGUAAAAGCUGGAUCAGUUUUUGACAACAUUUUGAUAUGCGAUGACCCACAGUAUGCAAAGGAAGUUGUUGAUGAUACGUUUGCAAGGAAUAAGGAGGCAGAAAAGGAAGCUUUUGAGGAAGCAGAGAAAGAAAGGAAAGCUAGGGAAGAAAAGGAGGCUGAGAGGGCUCGAGAGGAAGGUGAAAGGAGAAGAAGGGAACGAGACAAUCGUCAUAGAGAUAGGCGGAGGCAUUAUCGAAGGGAUCGGCAUGACUUUGAUGACUACUACCAUGAUGAGUUAUGAGGAUGGUUUGGAAGUCCCACUAGCUUCAGUUCAGUUGGUCCAAAGGACAUCCUCCAACCGUGCUUCUGCUGUGACAUUAGAAACCUAACUGCCUUCAAUUAAAAUUAUUGUAUUGAAAUUUGCACAUUUAAGGGGUUCUGUAGUUUUCUUUCCACUUUGUAUUUCUUGGGUUUGAAUCUUUGCAGGUCCUGAAAUUUGCUUUUCAGAACAGCAAAUUCCAAGUCAUAUGGACUCAUUGAUUAUUAAUAAUUUUACUCAUAAUUAUUUCUC